AGAAAAAGCAAAGCAUCAUCGCCGUUUUAGUUUUUAGUUAAUUGGUGUAAACGCUUUGAAACCUCAACAAGCCGUUGUUGCUCAGAAACACCACUCAAGAGUCAAGACAGAGAAAUAAUAUGAAAAACAAAAUUUCAUGACUAAAACACUACUUGAUCUUCUCUGAUUUUCCACUUUGCCCCCUCAUACACCUUCCUUUUCUCUCUGGUAAGUCUUUGUUUUUAUUUAUUUUGUGUUUUUUGUGUGUCUGCGUGUGAGGGAAGGUGAGACCAUGUUUGGAGAGAAAGAUCUCUCUGCUGAUCUCCCUAUUGAUGGGGAGAACUCUGUGAGUAACAAGCUUUCACAUGGCCGAAGCAUCCUUUUAGACCAAAGUAAAGGGUACCCACAUGAGAAAAUUGGUUUGUCUCAAAAGAAUAGUCUCGAUUUUUUUAAAGAAUCAACUAUGAAUCUUGAUGGGUUUUCUUCUAAACCCUCAAAUUCUGCCUCCCAAGAGCUCACUUUGAGAUAUCUCUGUGAAAAUCCCAAACUUGGUGAGAAAAUCUUGAUGGAAAAAUUUGCUUCUCACAAGGGGAAAGAGGUUGUUUUUGUUGAGAAUUCAAGUCAAGAUGACAAAUUUGUGGAGAGAGAUUUCUUGAAUUUGAAUGAAAGUAGAGUGAAUUCUUCUUGUUCUAAAAGGGAAAUAGAGGAAGAAGAAGAAGAGUUUCAGGGGGAGAGUAACACUAACAAUAGAGACAAGACACCAAGGCUAGAGACUCUUAAUCUGUCUCUGUCUUUGCCUGAUGUGUCUCUUUCUUUAACUGCAUCAAAUGCUUUGCAAAAGCCUGCUAGGAGUGUACAAUCUUUGGCACCAUCAAGAGAUAACAACACCCAAACGACUUGUUCAAAUGAUUUCACUGCUGCUUCACUUUCUUAUUCGUAUUCUCACCCGUUUUCGCACAAUCCUAGUUGUUCGUUAACGCAUAAUUCGACCGAGAAUUAUGAUUAUUCUGUAGGGAGGGAUGAUCAAAUUUGGUGUGGUGGUGAGGGGACUAAUGGGUCAGUUCAUAGUCGGUUCAAACCUAUUGGAGAUGGCGUUAUUGCUUUGAACAAUCAUGGUGGUGGUGGUGGUGGUGGAGGAGGAGGAGGAGGCGGUGGGUUUUCUAUGAUGCAAAGUAGUCGUUUGAUGAAUAAGGAUUCGUGUAACAAUAGUCUUUAUAAGACUACGAGUUCGGAUAAUCUUUCAUUUUUCCCUUCUGAAUUGCCUGCAAGGCUGCGGAUAGAUACCAAUUCUGGGGAUUCCAGGAGGAAGGAUUCUGAGAAUUUGAGAGGCUUGGAGAAUACUGAUGGAGGGAGAGCAUGGAAGGUUUCUAGACCAGAGAGAAUUCUUCGGGAGAUUGUAUCAGAGUCUGUUCCUCUCAUGGCUCAAAUAAUUCAGGAGCUUUCAGAGGAAACUCUUGAAUCGAUUAAAGAUUAUCUCAAAAAUCUUUUUGUGGUGUCUGAGAAGAAAGAGGAGUUGGUAGGAUUGCAAAAACGACUUGAGAGAAGAUCUGAUCUGAACAAGGAGACACUGUCAAAAUGCCACAAGGAUCAAUUAGAAAUAUUGGUUGCAGUAAAAAUGGGGCUCGGGAGCUUUCUGUCUGCAAAAGUUCAGCUUCCUAUAAAUGAGCUGGUGGAGAUUUUCUUGUUAAUGAGGUGUAGGAAUGUAAAUUGCAAGAGUAUAUUACCUGUUGAUGAUUGUGACUGUAAACUUUGCUCUGCAAAUAAAGGAUUUUGCAGCUCAUGCAUGUGUCCAGUUUGUAUGAAUUUUGAUUGUGCCAACAAUACUUGCAGUUGGGUUGGCUGUGAUGUUUGUUCACAUUGGUGCCAUGCCGCUUGUGGUAUUCAGAGGAACCUAAUUAAGCCAGGCCCGAGCUUGAAGGGGCCCUCGGGAACUUCUGAGAUGCAGUUCCACUGUCUUAUGUGUGAUCAUGCCUCAGAGAUGUUUGGGUUCGUUAAGGAUGUGUUUUUGUUUUGCGCAAAGAAUUGGGGCCUAGACACCUUGGUCAAGGAGCUUGACUGUGUAAGGAAAAUUUUCAAGGGAAGUGAUGAUUUUAAGGGCAAGGAAUUGCAUAUUAAGGCAAAUGAAUUGGUCUCCAAGCUGGAAAACAAAGUGAUGUCUCCUUCGGAAGCUUGUAGCUCCAUUAUUCAAUUCUUCAAUCGUGCAGAUAAUAUGUCAGACUAUGCUCCUGCUUCCAGUACUUUGCAUGACUUGAUGGCAGCUCAAGCUAGCCUAAGAAAAGAUAGAACUCCAAUUCCAUCAGCUACUUCUCUGCCUCCGAAAUACACCAUGUAUAACAUAACUUCCUCAAGUGGACGGCGAGAUUCAUUGUCAAAUGAUCUCCGUCAAAAAGACCUCAUGAGCGACCUCAAAAUUGAAGAUGAGUUUCAGUUUGGUAAGUUAUCAAAGAAUGAUGGUUUUGACAGCUUGGAAAGCAUUGUUCGUAUUAAAGAAGUGGAAGCAAGAAUGUUCCAGAACAAGGCAGAUGAUGCUCGGAGAGAGGCAGAGGAAUACAAGCGAAUGAUUCGGGCCAAAUCUGAGAAAUUGGACGAAGAGUAUGCCCAGAAACUCGCAAAACUUUGUUUGCCAGAGACAGAGGAAAGGCGAAGGAAGAAAUUCGAUGAACUGAAGGAUUUAGAAGAUUCACAUUGUGAUUACUUCAAAAUGAAGAUGCGAAUGCAAGCCGAGAUUUCUGGUUUAAUGGAGAGAAUGGAGGCCACAAAGCAGCAGUGGGUUUAGUUUUCUGGCAUUUGAAGUUGUUAUUCUCUUUUGGUUACAAUUUCUACUAAGGGUGUGUAAUUUGUUCUUGUUUUCACCAUUUUGAACCCAACUUCCUUCUUCAAAUGGAAAAUGGAUGGCUUUUGUUCUACUUGUGAUAACAUGCCCACUUCAUUUUUUUUAAAUAUUAGUCGGAAUAUUUUGGACUAGGAUGCUCUCCUAAUCCGAGAAAUGCAAGCUCAUGUGAACUCAUAUAAGAAUGUUUUAUA